CAUUUGGCUCUAACAUUUUUGUUUUCUUCCCGACUCUUUUUAGAACCUGAGCAACACUCUCCCUCUCUAGUACUCCAGCUUUCUCUCUCUAAAACCCUCUCUCUCUCUCUCUCUCUCUCUCCAGAACUGAGAAAAACACCGGCUCCGUGUAACCAGUACCUUAAGCAUUGUAAUGUUCUUCUUUCUUCAAUUUUAUUUCUUUUGCUUCUGCAACCAUUAGUUUGGUUUGGCUCUGCAUUAAGAUUGUUGUUUUCAAUACUACCCUUCUUUUUCUUCUUUUUUUUCAAAGCCCUCUUUUGGUUCUGAAAGUUGUUUUGGGUCUUUCGAGUUCUGAAAUGGGUCAUCUUCAAAAAGAGAAAAGCCUCUUGGGUGUUGAAGUUCAAUGCUUUUCAGAGUACCCAUUAAUGUCGAAGGCAUAGACUCUGAGAAAUCUUUGGUGAGGCAAGUGGGUUUUCAUCAAAAGCUGUUGUUUUCCGAGUAAAGAAAAAGCAAAAGGAAAAUUGAUGUUGCAAUUUCUGGGUUAAGUGGCUUCUUGAUUGCUGGCUGUUUUGGGGGUUUUCAGAUAAAUAAUAGUGUUGUUUCACUCACUGAAGGCAUCCCUGUAAUGGGAUAUCUGUGCUUGUUCUCUCUCUUGAUAUUUGGAUUUCUAUCAAAAUCUCAACUUGUGUAUGCUCAGCUCCUCCAUGAUGAGACCACCACAUUGUUGGCAAUUGGAAAAGAGCUUGGACUAACUGAUUGGGGUCUCAACAACACAGAUUACUGCUCUUGGCCCGGAAUUGGAUGUGCCCUGAACAGUUCAAUGGUGGAAAAGCUCGAUCUUUCGCAUCGUGGGCUCGAAGGUAAUAUCACUCUAGUCUCUGAGCUCAAAGCAUUGAAGUGGCUUGACCUUUCAUAUAAUGACUUCCAUGGAUCAAUCCCACCAAGUUUUGGUAACUUAUCUGAGCUUGAGUUUCUGGAUUUGGCUUUGAAUAAAUUUGGAAGCUCAAUUCCUGUAGAGUUGGGUAGGCUUAGAAACCUUAGGUCAUUGAACCUAUCCAAUAACUUGCUCACAGGACAAAUACCUUAUGAGCUAGAGGGCCUAGAAAAGUUGCAAGAAUUUCAAAUUUUUACCAAUAAGUUGAGUGGUUUUAUCCCAAUUUGGAUAGGCAAUUUGACCAAUCUAAGAGUUUUUACAGCCUAUGAGAAUGAAAUAGGUGGUACAAUCCCGGAUAAUCUAGGCUUGAAGUCAGAGCUUCAGUUGUUGAAUCUUCAUUCGAACCAGCUCGAAGGGACAAUACCUGAGAGCAUGUUUGCUUUGGGGAAGCUAGAAAUUUUGGUUCUGACUCUGAACCAAUUGACUGGCAACCUUCCUGAAGAAGUUGGGAAUUGCAAGGGCCUUUCGAGUAUUAGAAUUGGAAACAACAAGAUUACUGGAAGCAUUCCUGGGGCAAUUGGAAAUGUUAGCAGCCUUACCUACUUUGAAGCCGAUGACAACAAUCUCUCUGGAGAGAUUGUCUCAGAGUUUGCUCAAUGCUCUAAUCUCACACUCUUGAAUUUGGCCUCGAAUGGUUUUACUGGAACGAUUCCUCCAGAGCUUGGACAGCUUACCAAUUUGCAAGAAUUGAUUCUUUCAAGUAACAGUCUGUUCGGAGAGAUACCAACAUCAAUUCUUAGCUCCAACAGUCUUAACAAGCUUGAUUUAAGCAAUAACAGAUUCAAUGGCACCAUUCCAGCAGAUAUCUGCAACACAUCGAGAUUGCAAUACCUGCUUCUGGGUCAGAAUUCAAUUACAGGAGAGAUACCUCAUGAGAUUGGAAACUGUGUUAAAUUGCUUGAAUUGGAAAUGGGUGGUAACUAUCUGACUGGAACUAUACCUCCAGAGAUCAGUCACAUCAAAAAUUUGCAGAUAGCUUUAAAUCUGAGCUUCAAUCAUCUUCAUGGACCAUUGCCUCCGGAUUUAGGGAGAUUUGACAAGCUGGUUUCUUUGGAUGUCUCCAAUAAUCAACUCUCUGGGACUAUCCCAUCUGCAUUAAAGGGGAUGCUAAGUUUGAUAGAGGUUAAUUUUUCGAAUAAUCUGUUCACCGGCCCGAUUCCCACCUUUGUGCCAUUCCAAAAAAGCCCAAAUUCAAGCUUUUCGGGGAACAAAGGGCUCUGUGGAGAGCCAUUGAGUUCUUCAUGUGGAAACUCUAACAGCCAUGGGAGUUACCAUCGUAAGGUUUCUUACAAGAUCAUACUAGCUGUUAUUGGUUCUGGGCUGGCGGUUUUUGUAUCAGUGAUAAUAGUUGUUAUGCUCUUUAUGAUGAGGGAGAGACAAGAAAAGUCUAAGAAAUCAGAAGGAAUUGCUGAUGAUGAAAGUAAUAACCAACCAUCAAUAAUAGCAGGAAAUGUCUUUGUUGAAAAUCUCAGACAAGCGAUAGAUUUUGAUGCUGUUGUCAAAGCAACGAUGAAGGAUUCGAAUAAGCUAAGCAGUGGAACUUUCAGCACUGUCUACAAAGCAGUUAUGCCUUCUGGUAUACUUUUAUCAGUGAAGAGACUGAAAUCUAUGGAUAGAACAAUAAUUCAUCAUCAGAGUAAGAUGAUUAGAGAGCUUGAAAGGCUGAGUAGACUCUGUCAUGAUAAUCUAAUGAGACCAAUUGGAUAUGUAUUUUAUGAAGAUGUGGCUCUUUUGCUGCAUCAAUACUUACCCAAUGGAACAUUGGCUCAGUUCCUUCAUGACUCUUCCAAGCUUCAAGACUACAAGCCUGACUGGCCAAAAAGACUUGAGAUUGCCAUUGGAGUGGCUGAAGGGUUGGAUUUCCUUCAUCAUCUGGCCAUUAUACAUCUUGAUAUCUCUGCUGGCAAUAUUAUUUUAGAUGCCAGUUUCAAAGCUUUGGUUGGGGAAGUUGAGAUUUCGAAGCUCUUGGACCCGUCCAGAGGCACUGCAAGUAUCAGUGCAGUUGCUGGCUCAUUUGGUUAUAUUCCCCCAGAGUAUGCAUAUACAAUGCAAGUUACAGCACCAGGAAAUGUGUAUAGCUAUGGUGUUGUUUUGCUUGAGAUUCUCACAACCCGAGUACCGGUUGAUGAGGCCUUUGGUGAAGGGAUAGAUUUGGUUAAGUGGGUUCACAGUGCACCUGCAAGAGGGGAAACCCCAGAGCAGAUACUCGACCCGAGGCUUAGCACUGUCUCGUUUACAUGGAGAAAAGAAAUGCUUGCAGCUCUUAAGGUUGCACUGCUCUGCACCGACAGCACACCAGCCAAGCGGCCCAAAAUGAAAAAGGUGGUGGAAAUGCUUCAAGAAAUCACUCAAAACUGAGUGAAAUUCAUUUGGGAUUUCCUCAUUUUUGAUCCGUGAGAUCAAGAAUCCAAUGGUCAGACUAUCUGCUGCUAGUUUUGUAUUGAAGGAUUGAUAGAAAAUGGCACUUUGUAAUUUCUUUCAGAACUGGAAAAAGAAAUUGUGGAAGAUGCGUCUCAAUGAUGGGUAACUAUGCUCUCCCAGAACAUUGAUGCUCAUGAAAAUAGCAUUUGUACCCAUUUUCAAGUACAAUCCAUAUUGAUGUUUAUACAAGCUUCAUUUCUUAUCUUCGUCGUUA